ACCAUCCAUCCAUCCAAAUUGAGAGAGAGAGAGAGAGAGAGAGAGAGAGAGAGAGAGAGAGAAUGGGUUCCCUGACCAACUUAGAGAAGCCUCAUGUAGUAUGCAUUCCAUAUCCAGCACAAGGCCACAUAAACCCAAUGCUAAAACUAGCAAAACUCCUUCACUACAAGGGUUUUCACAUCACCUUCGUCAACACAGAGUUCAACCACAAACGCCUCGUAAAAUCACAGGGCCUCGACUCCCUCACCGGAGUUCCCUCAUUCCGGUUCGAGGCCAUACCCGAUGGGCUCCCUGAGUCCGACCUUGAUGCUACGCAAGACAUCCCUUCCCUUUGUGAGUCCUGCGACAAUAACUGCUUGGUUCCUUUUAAAGAUCUUGUGUCAAAAUUAAACGACACUGCUUCCUCAAACGUUCCACCCGUGACUUGUAUAGUGUCCGAUGGGGCACUGACCUUCACUCUGGUCGUGGCUAAAGAAUUGGGCAUUCCAGAUGUUGUUUUAUGGACAGCUAGUGUUUGUGGUUUCAUGGGUUACGUUCAAUACCACAAUCUUAUCGAAAAGGGAUAUACGCCACUCAAAGAUGCGAGCUACCUUAUAAACGGAUACUUGGACACAGUAAUAGAGGGUAUACCUGGUAUGGAAGGUAUACGAUUGAAGGAUUUUCCAAGUUUCGUCCGAACCACUGACCCUAAUGAUUUUAUGAUCCAAUUUGCAUUGACUGUAAUUGACAAUGUUCGUAAAGCUUCUGCUAUUAUUUUCAACACAUUUGAUGAACUCGAGCAUGACGUUUUGGAACCCCUCUCCGCCAGUUUUCCUCCUAUGUACGCGAUUGGGCCUUUACAUCUACUCGUGAAUCAAAUCGAAGAAAAUAGCCUAAACGUCUUAGGAUCAAAUCUUUGGAAAGAAGACCCCAAAUGCCUCGAAUGGCUCGACUCCAAUGGACCCAACUCUGUUGUUUACGUGAACUUUGGAAGCAUCACAGUAAUGACGCCAAACCAAUUGGUGGAGUUUGCUUGGGGGCUUGCUAAUAGCAAUCAUGCAUUUUUAUGGAUAAUAAGGCCAGAUCUUAUAGCCGGCCAAACAUCUGUUCUUCCACCGGAGUUCUUGGACGUGACAAAAGAUAGGGGUUUACUAGCAAGUUGGUGCCCGCAAGAAAAAGUACUGGCACACCCGUCUAUCGGAGGGUUUUUGACCCACAAUGGGUGGAACUCUACUCUGGAAAGUAUUUCUAGUGGGGUGCCAAUGGUGUGUUGGCCAUUUUUCUCUGAGCAACUGACCAAUUGUUGGUUUUCGUGUGUUAAAUGGGGCAUUGGGAUGGAAAUAGACAGCGAUGUUAAGAGAGAGAAAGUCGAGGGUCUUGUGAGAGAGUUGAUGGUUGGGGAGAAGGGCAAGGAGAUGAAGAGAAGAGCCAUGGAAUGGAAGAAAUUUGCUGAAGAGGCUACUCAGGGUUCAUCUAGUUCUUCCUUGUUGAAUCUUGAUAAAGUAAUCAACCAAGUGCUUCUUUCUCCAAGACAUUAGGUUAGUUACCAUGACAUUGUAAUGAUAUGGCGAUACCAUUGUAUCUAAGUAAUAUUUAGUGUGGUCCUUCGAAUGAUAUUAUUAUUUAAUAAGUUCACAUUCAUCACUUGCAACUGUCAAAAUAAAUUCUCCUAGUAUAUUGACGACACAUUAUAUGUUAUAUGUAACGACUCGGAAUUUUAAUGAAUAAAAAUUUCGCUAUUUAUUGGAA